AUGACAUGGGCACCACUAGAAGGAUUGAAGAAAGAUGUGACAGUCAGCUGUGCCCCGUUUGGUCAGGCGCGGAGGAUUUGGAGUGAGACGAUUGAGACGCCAGACUUCGAUAAGGUCGAUAAGGCCGAUAAGUGCGCACGGACCAUCUACUCGAGAAAUUUCCUUUCCACGGUGGGAUACGGUUCGCUUCGAAUUCCUCCUCCUUCACUGCGUCUUUACUUUUCCGCUUUGAACUCGUUUCUUCACAGCCGUUGA